AUUGCAAUGAGUAGUCCAGAUUGUACUGCGGUCCAGAUCUGGUAUCUGUGACCAUUGAAACUCUUAGAAAUUUGCAGGAUUCUAUGAAUUGAAGAUGCAAGAUUGUUGUUUCCAAAAAUGACAACGAAGAAGAAAUGUAAUUGAGAGUUGAAAAUGAGUAACCUGGCUGAUAGAAUUCAAGCUCAGAAACAGAAUUUAAAACAGGUGUCUACUGUAAUCACCACACUAGAUGGUCAAAAGUUUUUAAACCACAACCUGGAUAAUGAUGAAGAUUUGGUCAGCAUUGGUCAAUCUUGUGGCUUCUGCAUUGACACAAGUCCAGAUGAGAAAAUCCACUGUGUUGUUGAAAAUCUGUACAUUUCCUCCCAAGAUGGUGCUCAUAACAUCCAGGAAUUGAAAGAUCAUAAUAUUACACACAUAUUAAAUGUGGCUAUCGGUAUAGUCAAUGCAUUCCAAGAGGAUUUUUUAUACAAAACUGUUGAAAUUUCUGACCUGCCUGAAAAAAACAUAACUGCUUAUUUUCCUGAACUGUUUGCUUUCAUAAAAGAAGGAAUGGCAAAUGGAGGCACACUUGUUCACUGUAAUGCAGGUGUGUCAAGAUCUAGCACUGUUGUCACUGCAUUUCUAAUGCAAACAAAGAAACUGUGUUUACAAAAAGCAUUUCAUCUUGUAAAACAAGGACGACCCUCAGCAAAGCCAAAUGAAGGUUUUUGGAAACAACUUAUGGAAUACGACCUUGUUGUUGGGGGCAAUUAGAAACAUUGAGAAUGAUAAAACUAACUUGAAACUGUUAACUGUCAUCAUGCAAUAUCUUAUCGGAAUAAAAAGCAGACUGUGUAAAUGAGGCUAUACCACAAAACAUCUUUAUAUGUUUAAU